GUUUUCAGUUCCGGACGGGUCGGUUCGGUUCGGUUCGGGUCGGUUCGGUUCGCUGUGGCAGGUUUUCUCUUUAGAUUUCUGGGCGGUAAAGGACGUUUGGAUGUGAUGCUGCGGAUCGUUUCCUCUGCUGGUCGUUGUGACGCACAGCCUCAUCCACGCAGCAUCAGGACAGGAUGAGACCGGAUCCACUGCGCACUCAGUGAUCAGUGGACCGGACCUGCGGUCGGUGAUCAGUGGACCGGACCUGCGGUCGGUGAUCAGUGGACCGGACCUGUUUCCAUCUGGACGUUCAACUGACGGGACUUUUCGUUGCUGCUUUAAAUCGGCUCAGGAGCCGGCUCAUCUCUGGAGAACGGUUCUUUUCUGCCUCCGGUUCGCUCAGCCUGUGGAUCCGCCGGUGGCUCCAGGUCGGAGCGUUGCGCUCGGUUCCACCUCUUCCCGCCUCCCGCUGCGCCCUGAAGCGGGGAGACAUGAGAAACACUGAAGUGACGGCUGGUUGAUGGGGAGGAUUUCGGAUGUCAGCCGGGACAGUGGUCAUCGCAGGAGGAAUUCUGGCUACAGUCAUCUUACUGACCAUCGUCGCUGUGUUGUGUUUAUGUAGGCUGCAGUAUUACUGCUGCAGGCCGGAGGAGUCUGAGAAGGGGGAGGACGAGGAGCCGGAGCUGUCCACCAUGUCUCCCUCUCGGCCCCUCGCUCUGUGCGCUCCGCCCACGCCUCCCACGCCGGAGCACUACAGCGACGAGCCCGAGCCGUACCCGCCCACCUUCCUCACCGAGGCCAACGGGCCCUGCAGCUACUCCCCGCCCCCGCCGCCGCCGCCGCCGCGCCGGGGCCAGCGGGUCCACGCCUUCUGCCCGUCCUGCGCCCGCUGCUCGCUGCCCUUCUACCUGCAGCAUCCGGAGCGGCUGUGCAACGGCGGCCGCAGGAUCAGCUACCGGACUGUGCAGCAGCAGGACCUGGAGCUGCCCGCCGACCUGGACAGUUUCUACCAGAAACUGAUCCGCUCCUACUGCAUGAAGGAGGUGAUGACGCACAGCGUGAGCACCGACGUGUAGCUGCGACGUGUAGCUGCGACGUGUAGCUGUGACAAGAUCCGGAGAAAAGGAGCCAAAUUCUUCCAAAACACCCAGAAGUCCUGAGAUUAAUCUGGCAGUUUGAGAAAAAACAAACAACGCAAACCCUGAGUUUGAAAAGUCAAGAAUUUGCAGAAAAAAAAUGAAACAUUUUCAUAGUAAGAUCAGAAAUUUCUAAGAAAAAUCCAGGAUAUAUUCGUUUGAAAAUUUGCUGUAAAAAACUGACAUUUUUAGAUUAAUCUCAGCAAUUUAUAGAAAGUACAAAAAUUUCUGAAUUUGAAAAGUUGUGAAUUUCCUGGGGGAAAAAAUCAGCAAUGUUUGAGAAAACAUUAUUUGUGAGUUUCUGCUGUUCAUCUGCAGCAGCUCUGAUGCUGAACUGUCUGCAGCUGAAAACUCUGUUAGCAUCAAAAUGAUCAUUUAUAACCAAUACAUCUGAAUCUGAGAGACUCACCGAUGUUUCUUUAUGAAUUUAGAUAAAAACAUGAGGAGAUUUAAAGCUUCAGAAGAAUAUGGGCUCUUUAUAUAUUUGUUAAAUCUGUCACCAUAUGAGAUAGGAAAUCUGUGAAAUCGAUCUCCUCCAACUUCUGUCUGCAGAAAUGCAACAAAAACCACCAAUCAGAGCCAGGAGAAGGCUCUUAGUGCUGACAAUCCACCACAUGUAUGUGCUGCUCAACAGCAGAGAAGCUGUGGCUAUGCUAACUAGCCUUAGCAUUCAGGACAGGCUGUAGAGAAGGAGCUGAAACAGCAGAGAAAGCAGAGGGUGAGAGUGCUGCAUACAGGAAGGUGAUUGACAGCACCAAGAACAGUGUGUUUAUGCAGAUGGCAGUAGGACCACAGGGAGAAAGCAAAGGAUUAUCUGUCUUAUGCUAUCACAGCAUAAUGAUAGUUUUAGCACAUAUGUAAAAAUAAAACAACAAAAAUAAGUUUCAUAUUUUAAGAGAUUUUAUUCGGUUGAAG